UUACCACGUCACGCAGUUGUCUUGUCUGUCACAUUGCGAUAUUUUUGUGGCUCUUUUACGUUUAGGGUGUGUGCAUUCUUUAUGUGUUGUGCUACUUAUGUGGAAAAUUAGGUGAUAUUCUUCCUUUUCCCGGAUAGUGAUCCUAAACCGCCAAGAUGCCGAAAUCGAUCCUUGGUUACUUAAGCAACGCACUUGACAUAGGCGGCAGUGACAAUGUCUUGAUGAACGUCCGCGUGACGACGAUGGACGCGGAGCUGGAGUUCGCGAUCCAGCAGACGACGACCGGCAAGCAGCUGUUCGACCAGGUGGUCAAGACCAUCGGCCUCCGCGAGGUCUGGUUCUUUGGCCUACAGUACACCGACUCCAAGGGAGAUCUCACCUGGAUCAAGCUGUAUAAGAAGGUGAUGCAACAAGACGUAAAGAAGGAGAAUCCGCUGCAGUUCAAGUUCCGAGCCAAAUUCUACCCGGAAGAUGUCGCUGAUGAGCUCAUCCAGGAGAUCACGCUCAAGCUCUUCUACCUACAGGUGAAGAACGCGAUCCUGUCAGACGAGAUCUACUGCCCUCCCGAGACGUCCGUCCUGCUCGCAUCAUACGCUGUGCAAGCGAGACACGGCGACCACAACCCCGGCCUGCACGGGCCAGGGUUCCUCGCCAACGACCGCCUGCUGCCGCAGCGAGUCACCGACCAGCACAAGAUGUCCCGCGACGAAUGGGAACAGAGCAUAACCAACUGGUGGCAAGAGCACCGUGGCAUGCUCCGCGAGGACGCCAUGAUGGAAUACCUGAAGAUCGCACAGGACCUCGAGAUGUAUGGAGUGAAUUACUUCGAGAUCAGGAAUAAGAAGACCACGGAACUGUGGCUCGGGGUUGACGCUCUCGGGCUUAAUAUCUAUGAGAAGGAUGACAAACUGACCCCAAAGAUCGGUUUCCCCUGGUCCGAAAUCCGCAACAUCUCCUUCAACGACCGCAAGUUCAUCAUCAAGCCCAUAGACAAGAAGGCUCCCGACUUCGUCUUCUUCGCGCCCCGCGUUCGCGUCAACAAACGCAUCCUCGCACUCUGUAUGGGCAACCACGAGUUGUAUAUGCGCAGGCGCAAACCCGACACUAUUGAUGUGCAGCAGAUGAAGGCGCAGGCGAGAGAGGAGAAACUCGCUAAACAGGCACAGAGAGAGAAACUGCAACUUGAGAUCGCGGCUCGUGAACGCGCGGAAAAGAAACAACAGGAAUACGAGGACCGUCUCAAACACAUGCAAGAAGAGAUGGAACGCUCACAGGCGAACCUGAUCGAAGCCCAGGACAUGAUCAGACGGCUCGAGGAGCAGCUGCGCCAGCUGCAGGCUGCUAAGGAGGAGCUCGAGCAGAGACAGAACGAGCUGCAAGCUAUGAUGACCCGCCUCGAGGAGACCAAGAACAUGGAAGCCGCGGAGCGCGCUAAGCUCGAAGAGGAGAUCCGCAACAAACAAGAGGAGGUGUCUCGCAUCCAGCAGGAGGUUGAAGAGAAGGACACGGAAACCCGCCGGCUGCAGGAGGAGGUCGAGGAGGCGCGCAGGCAACAGGACGAGGCGGCGGCGCUGCUGGCGGCGGCGGUGACGCCCGUGCACCACCACGUGGCGGAGGGCAAGGACGACGCGGGCUCGGACGGCGGCUCCGAGCAGGGCGGCCAGGAGCUGGCCACCGCGCCGGAUGACUUGGUGGACCCCGUGGCCGACCGCCGCACGCUCGCCGAGCGCAACGAGCGUCUGCACAGCCAGCUCAAGGCCCUGAAACAAGACCUCGCACAAUCCCGCGACGAGACCAAGGAGACCGCCAUGGACAAGAUCCACCGCGAGAACGUGCGCCAGGGCCGCGACAAGUACAAGACGCUGCGCGAGAUCCGCAAGGGCAACACCAAGCGCCGCGUCGACCAGUUCGAGAACAUGUAGGCGCGUGUCUAGCGCUCAACACUGGGGGUUAUGUUUACCGGGUAUCUGCUAACAAAACAAACAGUUUCUUAGAGAAACUUAUCAACUUUUUAGACCACUUAAAACGUCAAUUGUGACACCUAAAAUACCCGCUCACUUGGGGUUAUAUUUACUGGGUAUCUGCUAACAAAACGAAACAGUUUCUAAGAGAAACUUAUCAACUUUUUAGACCACUCAAAUCGGUAAUUGUGGCUCUUCGUGACCCCUAACACACCCGCUCAAUCAAACUUCUUGGGGUAUGUUUACCGGGCCAAACAAAACUUGUCGGCAGACUUUUAAAGUUCACUUAAAAGAACUAAAUUUGUGACUUUUGGUGACUAUUCAAUCUGUUUUACAAAUUUUACAC